GCUAACAUGGAAUAUUUUGUUAGGCUGCAAGUAUACAUCUCAGACUGAUCAUGGAAAAUAGAUGUUCUAAUUUUCGCCAGUUCAGUGUUUUUAAGGAGUUCUCGAAGAAUUUGAAAGGAGAAGCUAAAAGUAACCCCGAAUUCCAGCAGUCAGUGAAGGAGCUGAAUGAGAAAAUGGGAGUUGUUAAAGAAGAUUUGAAAGUGAGAACAAAGAAGACGGCAGAGAAGUUAUACAAGAGUGUGGAUGAUGUUUGGACAGAAGCUGAAGCGAAAUCCAAGAAGGUGUCAACAAAUGUGAAAGAGAAGCUUGCAGCUGCUAAAGAAGAGGUUUCAACAAAUGUGAAAGAGAAACUUUCAGCUGCUAAAGAGGAGGUCAAAGAGACAUUUGGACUUGGAAAGAAGGCAUCUUCGGAAUCUGCAUACAGUUCAACGAAUGCAAAAGAAGGAGGCACAACAACUGGAACUGAGAAUUCUCAAACUUCAGAGACUUACAAAGAAUCAAGUGGACAGAGUGAGACACUGUUCGGAAAAUUUAAGUCUACCUUCUCUUCUGCUUCUCCUGCAGUUUCUUCAGCAUUCCAGAAAUUGAAGGAAACAAGAGUAUCAGAUUUGGCAAAGAAAGGAUAUAAUAUCGUUAAAGAUGAGCUAACUUCUAACCCAUCAAGAGCAAGGCGCGUUCAGUAUGAUCCUACCAGUCGAUCAUCUGAAGUUAGAAGUACACGAAGUGAUAUUGUAGUUGUUCCUACAAAAAGAUCACGCUUGGGCAAGAAGUGGGAGGCAUUUAAAAAGAAGAUGGAGGGUGUUCCUAUCUACAGGCGUAUGAAAGGGGUCAGUGAACCUGUUGUGACAAAUGUUGUUAAUAAGGGGCAAGAGAUUGCAGAGGACAUGCGUGAGCGGUGGGAAACAAGUGAUCACCCUGUGGUCCACAAGAUUCAGGACUUGAAUGAAACUGUCUUUGGGGAAACUGCUACUGCUCUAUCUUUUAAGGAAAUUCGACGGCGCGAUCCAUAUUUCUCUCUGCCUGAUUUUGUUGCUGAAGUUCAGGAAAUGGUCAGGCCUGUUCUGGCUGCCUAUGUCAAGGGUGAUCUGGAGACUUUGAAAAAAUAUUGUAGCUCUGAAGUGAUUGAACGGUGUAAAGGCGAGCGUCAGGCAUACGCGAGUCAGGGCAUCUUUUUUGAUAAUAAGAUUCUACAUAUUUCUGAAGUUGAUGUUAGAGAAACCAAAAUGAUGGGAUCUACUCCCAUUAUAAUUGUUGGGUUUCAAACACAGCAGAUCUACUGUGUUCGUGAUCGAGAAGGUUCUAUAACAGACGGGGGAAAGGAUACAAUCCAUACGGUGUACUAUGCAUGGGCCAUGCAGCAAAUUGACGCACAAGAGUUGGGGGAAGACGCGCUCUACCCAAUUUGGAAGUUAAGAGAAAUGCAACAGAUAGGCAUGCAAGCUCUUAUAUAAUAACAGUGUUCAAUCGAUUUGCACAAAGCCUUCUCCAUUUUGCUACUUUUUUCUCUCCUUGAUUAUUAUUGUUAACCAUGUCAUCCUCCUGAGCUGGAGAUUAUUUGUGUAGUAAAAUUUUCCUAUGAAAUCAUGUAACUUCCAAAAAGAGGAUGAUUUUUUGUAGCGUAUGAAAUAAUGCGGUUUUCCUUGAAUACUAACAAACGAUAUUACUCCUCUGGUGUAAAGGAUAAAGUUUUGAUCAUCAUACAGUUUAGACUGGGAGAACUUUUCCUCUGUUCAA